AUGAAGCUGACUCUCUCCUGGACCAUCAUCGCCAGCCUCCUAGCCGCUAGUACCACAGCCGGCCUCGUACCCGUCCGUAGCCACGACCCCAAUCCAAUCCACAUCUACCAAACAUCCAUCCACCAAUCCAUAACCCAGAAUCAGGCCGCCCCCCGAGACUCAGAGAAAUACAAGACCUUCCAGAAGCGCGCGGCGGCCCUGCCAAAGCACCGACAUGGCUACAUGCACAUGGCCGACGACGGCGUGUUCCGGUCUCUGGGCCCCUUCCACGAGGUCCUCGGCUUCGUCGAAGAGGCCGCCGAGACGCCCGAGUUGCGCGAUCACCUGCGCGCGGUCUGGGAUGGGGUUGAUGGUCGUGAGGUGGCCGACCCGUCCAAAAUCCGGCCCGAGCACAUCUUUCCCGCGCUGCGCGAGGGUUUGGUCCCCCGCAAUGGCGUCAGCCGGCCGGAUGACAUUUUGGAGAGAGAUGGGGGCGUGCAAAAGUUGGAGGGGAGGGUGAGGUUUUGUCUUCAUCUUGGUAAGGAAUGUGGCAAGAAUGACGACUGUGGGAGGCCGGAGGCCUGCGAUUGCGAGCGUCCUGACAAUCAGGCCAAGGGGAAAUGUAAGCAGAGGCUUUGA